AUGGCCAUCACAGAACUCAACCUGCAAAGCAAUGCCUCCGUGCGUUCAGUUCAAGGCGCUUCCCGCACAAAAAUCAUCUCUGUGGUUUUGCUUUUCCUACUCUCAGUAGCAAGCUUUGUUGCACAAACCGAGUUCACCAGUCAAGCUUAUUUGUUGGGAUUUGAAGAGCCAAUCAUAAUGUUGACGGCAACUCACGGGUCCUGGUGGGUUUUGUGGCCAUUGCAGGUGCUUACCGUGGCCAUUUACCGGACCAUUCAGAAAGCAAGAAACCCUCUGAGUUCCCGCAAGGCUCCCACCGACGCCAACGCGCUCUUGCUGGACUUUGAGCAGCUUGUUGAGCAGACGAAUGCCCUGGCUAGAGAUAUGCGGAACCCUACCGCCUCGUUUGAGAUGUCAAGACGUCCAGAGGAACAACCCACAUCUCUCUACAAGUACUUCAAGAAGUCGAUUGUGAAACAGAUUCACAAUGUAUACCACACAAGCAUUUUGAUUUAUGAGGCCAAUGUCAACCAGGACACUUCGACCCAUAACUUGGAUGUCUUGGUGUCUAAGAAUAAUCGUAUCUCCAACUCUUCAGCUAUCUGGAAGUGCGUCUCCCAAUUUAUUUCUACACCUGCCUUUAGAUAUGUCUUCAUCAAAUCUGCAAUCGUGUCUUUUGUCGUCAACAUUGCAGGAUUUAUGUGGCACGCAGCCAUGUCAUUAACUUACGCUUCGGAUGUCACCGCCAUUUACAACUGUUCUGCAUUCACAGCCUAUGCGUUCGCAAUUCCUAUUCUCAAUGAGAAGUUCUCUUGGUUGAAAGCAUCUUCUGUCGUCAUUGCUGUGUCGGGUGUGUUCAUUGUUGCUUAUUCUGGAGCUGAUAGCGAAGACCUGAAUGACCAAUACCCAUACAGACUCUGGGGUAAUAUCUUCAUCACCAUUGGCGCUAUUCUCUACGGUUACUACGAGGUGAUCUACAAAAAAUACGUCUGUAUUGCUGAUCAUUUGUCUAAGGUCAUCACCGCUCGUAGACAGGUGACUUUUGCAAAUUUUGCGAUGGGAUUGAUCAGUAUCAUCACAUUUAUUACACUUGUACCUCUCUUAUUUCUUUUGGAUAUCACCAAAGUUAAAACGUUCAACUUGUUUGGAUAUGGUGAACAUACCAAGGAAAUUUGGAUUUACAUACUCUGCUCUAUGCUCUGCAACCUUCUUUUCUCUGUCCUGUUUUUAUCAUUGAUGGCUCUUACGAAUCCAGUCUUAUCCUCUGUGAGUUCCCUUGUUACAAUCUUUGUAACUGGUAUUGUCGAAUGGAUCCUUUUUGACAAUGCAUUGGGACCAAAACAAAUAUUAGGUAAUUCAUUGGUGAUUGUCGGAUUUGUUGUUUUAACCAUUGCAUCUUGGAAUGAAAUUAGUGAGGGUAAAGACGAGGAUGAGAUGGAGACAGCAAGUUUGUACUCUUUCGCUGCAAGUGAAAACACCAUUCAAGCUUAA